UCAGGGAGCCGCGACGCUCUGUUUGUGGUCGGAGCUCUGGAGGAGGCCAUGGAGCUGAGGGGCAUGAGGUACCAUCCCAUCGACAUCGAGACCUCCGUCACCAGGGCUCACAAGAGCAUCAUGGAGUGCGCCGUGUUCCCCUGGACCAACCUGCUGGUGGUGGUGGUGGAGCUGGAGGGCUCCGAGCAGGAAGCCCUGGACCUGGUACCGAUGGUGACCAAGGCGGUUCUUGAGGAGCACUACCUGAUCGUGGGCGUGGUGGUGGUGACGGACGUGGGCGUGAUUCCCAUCAACUCCCGCGGCGAGAAGCAGCGAAUGCACCUGAGAGACGGCUUCCUGCAGGACCAGCUGGACCCCAUUUAUGUGGCCUACAACAUGUAGCCUGACCGGGAGUGUGUGUGAGUAAGUGUGUGUGUGGGAGCACGUGUGUGUGAGAGAGCGAGCAUGUGUCUGUGUGCCGUACUUUUUGCUGUCGUCUUUGGUUCGAUUCCCUAAAGAUCCACGACCGUAUUUUUGACCCUGACGUGACCUUCAGUCCUGACCUUUCUUUAGAGCCGUCUCGUGCUGAUCAGUCGAUGGACGGAUGAAUGGACGGAUGAAUGGAUGGAUGGACGUGUGUCUUCAUGCCCACUGUAGAAAAGCCUUAGAGAAAAAAAACACUCACUGUGUCGAAGGAGGGAAAACUGAGAGGUCAGAGGUCAGAGUGGACGAGACAGAAACACACAGACCUGCGCCACAGUUUGAGAACCAGAUUAUUGUAAAAUUAUAAAUACUGUACAUAGACAUAAUAAUAAUAAUAAUAAUCUAUAUGGAAAGAACAGCAGAGGAGAACGGAGGAGCAGCUCUCUCCACUCACACCCUGUGUGUGUGUGUGUGUGUGUGUGUGUGUGUUUUAACAGGGACCUUUGACCUCUGUUAAUGUGAAUAAAACUUGUUUUAAAUUCUUUUGGACAAAUGAAAGCAUAUUUUCUCAUGUCGUUUAAAAGAAGAAAAGAAAAGAAUGACGGCCGCGGUGUUUAGAUGUUUCCCAGCAUGCCGAGCAAAAACUCUGAACAUCUCAAAAAAAUUAAAAAAAAAAAAAAAAAAGAUCGUACAAAUU